AUGCUUAAGCCGGAGAGUAGUGCAUCUAAUCGGACUCCUAUCGAACAGUCAGGUUUCGUUAAUGAAAUUAAUAGUUCGCGAAAUAGUUUGAAUAUGAAUAUGCCAAAUUCAUCAAAUAUUUUUCAACCUGAAUUUCCAAAUCCUGCAGACGUCUCCAUUUCAAAUUGGAGUUUACCACCUAAUGUUUCGAAUACAAUGUAUAAUGUCAAUUUACCACCGUGUGAGAUUGAUGAUUUCCAUGGAGACUUUCUAUCGUGGCCCACAUUCCGGGACCUGUUCUCUGCCAUGUUCAUUAAUAAUUCUCGCCUAAGUGACAUUGAGAGGCUUUGUCACUUAGUUCAGAAAACAAUAGGUGAAACUAGGGAAAUCGUGUCUAAGUUUCCACUCACCCAUAAAAGUUUCGCUAUGGCUUGGCAGUCGUUGAAGGAUACGUACGACAGUAAACGUAUUCUAGUUCAUAAUCAUCUCAAGCUCUUAUUCGACCUUCCCUUUAUAGAAUCUGAAUCUAGUUCUAAUUUAAAAAUUCUACAGCGUAGUAUCAACGGCUGCAUUUCUGCUAUGUCAGUGUAUGAUGUAGCUACGGAUCACUGGGAUCCUAUUCUAGUAUAUAUUUGUCAACAGCGUUUACCUAAACUAACUGUAGCUUUGUGGGAGCAGUGUAUUAAAGAUAAAUCCUCGCUAUCGCCGUGGGAAGACUUGAACAAAUUCCUUACUGAAAGAAUUCAAACAUUAGCUUGCUUGCGACACAUUCGAAGUUCUCCUUCUAGUCCCAUUUCGAAAAGUAAAAUCAAAGCCCAGUAG